AUGCAAGCGGAACAGAACGCAGCCACACGGUAUGCCCUCAACACACUGUCAUUACGCAAAGACGGAGAUAACGAUAUCACUGUCCUUAAGAAAUUAGCAACAUUAUUAAUAGGAGUAAGAAAUGGCGACGACUUUGGUGACUAUGAUGAUAUUAGUAGUUACACUACUGCCACUAUGUUGCGGUUGCUCCUCGUGAUGGGGAUUGUCUUAGCGACGCCCUUGACAACGCUCUCGCUCCCCGCCGAGGACACCGAGGGCGAGCAGGACCAAGAGGGCUUCCCAGAAGCCGAGGCUUUUCGAAGACGACCUCCCUGGCGCCCUCAACCGACCUUCCACAUCGAGAGAACCACCGUGCAGAGGCCGGAGGCGCCUCUCUCCGCCGACAUAUACACGUCUGCCCUGAACACUAUUCAACGAGAGAAACUCCCGCUCGAAGGACCUGUCCGGCUGCUGCCUCACAGCACUCUGCUCACCGAUUAUGUCUCCAAGGAGGCAUCGUCGACGGAGGAGGAGGAGCCUGCACCCCAGGGACCCAUACCGGGGCGAUCGCCGGAGAGAAGACCCCUUCCCCAGGCACCCGUGCAAGACAGACCGCUGCCUCAAAGACCUCUAGCGAACAGCCCUCCAGCACGUAGACCACUGCCGCAAAGACCUCUAGCGGAUAGUCCUCUAGCGCAGAGACCGCUGCCGAAAAGACCUAUGCCACACAGACCUUCCCUAGAACAAACACCUAUCGCCGAGAGACCUGUCGUGGCGAGGCGUCCCGUGGGCAGACCCGCGGGGGAUAGUGAGCAGCUUGCCGAAGAAACCUUUGGGCUCUCAUCACUCUAUCGGGAUAGGGUGAGGCGACCUGUUGCUCGACGUCGGAGGCCAGUUCAGCCAGUGAGAGGUAGAGCCAGACAGCCCAACAAGCGACCGAAGGUGAGAGUGCAGGCUCUGGUUCCCCGCCCCAAGCCUGGCCCAAAGCCUCGCCGCCCACAGCUGCCCCCGCCCAAACCCUAUAGACCAGCCCUUCCGCCCUCAAAGCCAGCCCGUCGCCCGCCUCCUCCUCCUCCUCCUGCCUCUUCUCCACCACGCCCUCCAUCGCCCACCUCGCCACCCACCGCACCCACCACCCCGCCCACGACCACCCCGGACCCCUUGAGUGUGCAUAACCUGGCUGGGCCUCCCUAUUUCGACACCAUCCCGCCCGAGGUGCUGCUGAUGGACGAGACAGUCACCGUCCCUUCGCUGCCGCCCACCACCAGCGCCACCACGACCACCGCCCCGCCCUACAUCGCGGACUGGCGGCCAGUGUCCCCCUCCAGACCGAGAUUGACUGAGACGACCUACAGCACAGACGCCUCCUACGAUGGACGCCCACCACACGGCCAAGGCAGGGGCGGAGAAAAGGACCUUCGCGAUCCCCAUGUAGGUUCUCACUGGCACGAGGGAUCUCAGCGGGACGUGGAGUCGCACCACGAUCUAUCCACGCACCGCCAGGAGGAUUCCCGAAAGGACAAGCAGGACACUCACAGGGAGAAGGGCGUCGAAGAUUCUCACUGGAACAAAGGCAUCGGCUGGGAGAUCAUGGGGGACCUCGACUGGUACAAUGAAUGGACCAAGAACUGGAAUAACGACUGGAACGUCGACUGGAGUAACCGGUGGCUCACUGACCCUCCUCUCAAGGACACAGGCGCCCCACUGAACACAUUACCAACGGAUCCACCGAAGGAUUUCGCUGGCGCGAACAGCCCACGACCCACGUUCACACCCACCAACCCCCCGAGUACAUUCGCGCCAUCAAACCCGCCGCAGAGAUUCGCACCCACGGAUGUUCCCCAGCGAUUCACGCCCACAGAUCAACCACAGACAAACAUCCCGAAGAGAAAUGAUGGUUUUCAGAGGCCCCCGGACGAGUCAUGGCGAGAUACCAAGUACCAAGGACACUCUCCCGGGAAUCGACGGUACUAUGAUCACAAUACCCCAUCAGGUAACCGAAAUUACCAAGAAACGCCUCAAAGGGGCAUCAAUCACCAGUUUUCCUCGCCAGGUGUUCGCGUGCCCCAGGAAAUACCACAAAGAGAGACUGGUUACCAGGCAAAUUUACCAGGCAACCGAGAAUAUCAGGAACCACCACCGAGAGGCACUAUCUACCCGAGCAGUCCCUCAGGCAACCGAGAAUAUCAGGAACCACCACCAAGAGGCACUAUCUACCCGAGCAGUCCCUCAGGCAACCGAGAAUAUCAGGAACCACCACCAAGAGGCACUAUCUACCCGAGCAGUCCCUCAGGCAACCGAGAAUAUCAGGAACCACCACCAAGAGGCACUAUCUACCCGAGCAGUCCCUCAGGCAACCGAGAAUAUCAGGAACCACCACUAAGAGGCACUAUCUACCCGAGCAGUCCCUCAGGCAACCGACCGCCGAAGGACAUCCCGCAAAGAAUUACCAGUUACCAGCACGUCUCCCAGGGCACUCGCAGGCAUCCCGAGCCUCCGCACAGAGGCCGCCGCCCCAACCCGCAAACGCCCUCCCAGGUUCCGACGCGACACAACGGCCAUCAGGGAAUCCACCCAGGGCGCCUCGAGGAGAACACCCGCAGGACCUUCCACAGGCCAUCCCAGAGACGACAAGGAUCCUCGGAGCAUCCUGCACAGACGAGACCGAGCGCAGUAGGACCGCCACGACCUCCGCCAGCAGGGACCGGGAGCGCUGGUCUUCUGACAGUCAGCGGACCGGCGAAAAUCCGACCGGUUUACACACCUCGGAGACCCCAGGCACCGGGAACAGCGCCCCGUCCGCCUCCGAUGGUCCACGGCUCCAGUAGGCUCGGGCGGCCGAUGAUACAUCAACCUGCAGCCGCUUCGGUACCAGGGCCAGCGUGGAUACCAAGACGAAGAAUAAUUAAAAUAUAACAGUAUUGACAACACUGAACUCAUUGCGCAUGUAAAGAAAAACAACUUUUCUUCAAUCAAUAUAAAAUGAACAGUUCCUUUCUUAUCAGUAUUCACAAGAAGAGGAAAAAAAAAAGUGACUAUAAAUCAUAUCAUAUUGAUAUGUAUAUUGUAAUGGAAGUCGAUAGAUUAGCGAAUCCUAAUCAUAUAUCCCGAUUUAUGAUUUAUAUUCCCUUUGCAAAAAGCCAGGGAUACGUUGUGUAAAUGUACGUUAUUUGUUUACUUUCGUUCAGGGAUGCAUUGUAUAAACGUUUGUGACUUUCGCUAUUUGCUGGCUCUUGUCCAGGGAUGAAUUGUAUAAACGUAUCUGAUUAAUGUUGUUUGUUCACUGUUGCUCAUUUUGAUAUAUAUAUAUAUAUAUAUAUAUAUAUAUAUGUGAAAAAAUGUACAUUCUCAAGAGCCUUUUUUUCGCUGGUGCAGAGGACUUAAAUGUUCCUGGUAAUGCAAUGGUAUACACACAAAUACACGCUGACUAAUGCACAGUCAUACGCACGCACAAACAAACACACAAAAGUACAUGCGCACAUUUACAGACAGACGUUCUUAAACACAUGAGUAUUAAAUGUAGAAUUAAGAUGUAUGUAA